CUCAAUCACAACCUCAACCUUAAUCUCUAGGGCAAUUUUCAAUCAUGGCAACAACACUUACACUAACUACCGCUAUCACUAGCACGUCCAUUGUUGAUAUUGAGUCCGUUGGAGAGGAGAAGCGUGAUAUUACGACUCUGUUGAAUUACUGGAAACGCCUUGAAAACCGUUCAAUAUCUGUGGAUUUUAGCACCCCGGGAGCUCAGGAGCGUCUCGAUGAACUCUCAAAUCUCAAUGAAGCACAUACGGUAUUGAUACACGACGUUCGCGGUGACGAGUCAAAGUACACGCUAGAGCGUAAUGGAUUUCAGUACGUCCAUCACCAUGUUAAAGAGUUGGAGGACUGCUCCAAUGAAGAACAAGUGAGAGAGGUUCUCCUUCCGGCUACUGAAGAGCUGGUCAAACAAAUUACUGGUGCUACUAAAAUCGUCACCUUUGCACACCGGAUCCGUUGUUUCGCUACUGAUGAGCGCCAGUUUGCCGCCUCCCAAGCACCUGCACAUGACGUGCAUUCUGAUUUUACCUCGAGUGGUGCUAUGGAACAUCUCAAAGAUAUUAUACAAGAUCAGGCUGAAUUCAACCGCCUACUAGACGGUCGCAUCCUUGCCAUUAACGUGUGGCGACCAUUGAAGCAAAUUCGCAAAGACCCAUUGGCUGUUUGUGAUUGGAGAUCUGUCGAUUCGGAGACUGAUUUAGUUGCAAACCGCAUGAUAUUUUCACACGGCUGGAAGGAAUUGGCUAAGGCUAAUUUCAAUCCGAAGCAUAUGUGGUAUUAUUUGGGCGGCCAAAUGCCAAAUGAGCCAUUGUUAUUCAAACAGUUUGACAGCAAGGCAAAGGAUGGUAUGAACUUGCCCCAUACUGCGUUCGUGGACCUGAAAUACAUUGAGUGCAAUCCUAGAGAGAGCAUUGAAAUCAAGAUGUACGCUUUUCUCUCAAGCUGAGCGCGAAGAUCUAGUACUCUGCCAUCCUUGUAUGUAUUUAGAAUUCUACUCGGCCGUAUCAGUUUCAUUUAGUUACCACCUUCCAGAGUCGUUCCUAUUUUCAACUAUAAUGUUUCAACACUUGUGCCACCCGUCAGUAUUAGAGGAGCAUACCUGAUAAGAAGACGUGAAAUACCUCGACGCUACUUCGCAUAUAGAUCUGCAUCGAACCAGUGUUGCCAGUAGUUCAAACUGUCAGUUUAACAGUUUGAAUUCUCGAUAUCAGAG